AUGAUUCUGGCACUUCCCUCGCAACUGCCGAAGUCAGCGAUGAAGACUCGCAAGCAGGCGAAGACAACUCGCCUUGCUAAGUCGAAGGAGUUCGUUGAGUCCAAAGAUGAUGAUGACUCACUUACUCAGCCAGUUUCGGGUGGGGUUCCAAUGGUCAUCCUUCCCCAGCUCUCCGCAUGUGUUGCAAGGACAUCCGGAUCGCCUCGUUCACCCAGGGCCCCAAAGAAGAAACCUUUCGGGCCUGCUAUGGCAAUUUCUGGCAAGCUUCCGGAGGUCAUUAGGCCCCCUCAACCAACUCCGGCCACCCUGGCAGUGGCGCCACCAGUCAUUGACACAAGUGACAUUCUCAUUCCCGGACCCAUGAAACAACCCUUGCCAGGCUUGCCACAAGAUGGAAUGGCCCUGCGCAACUCGGUUGGACAAGAGGACCGGCAACCCCUUGAGUCUGGGACCACCGCCGAAAUGCUCUCGAGAGGACCAGGUCCAAAACUCCUUCCAAAGCUCCCUCCAAAGCUUCGCCCACCUCACAAUCCACAGGCCAAACUCGUAGUCAAUCUCGUGGCCCUUCCGGCACUCCCGGUGAAGCUGCUAUUCGACCCUAAAGGGUUUCUGGACCAGGCUCAAGGCUCAGAGGAGAGGAAAUAUCAUGAAAAACUACUGAAGACCCUGACUCCUACUGCCCAGCCAGAAAUGAAUCUCUACACCGGUCUGUCUGCUGUGAAAACACCCAAGGUGCAGACACGGGGUCGCAGCAAGACCGUUACUGCCAUCAAGGCACCUACACCUGCACCAGCUCGAGUUGCACCAUUGACCUCCGGAGUUUCUCGUUCGGCACUCGAUGUGCCCAUGCCUGAUCUCCACGCCAUGGCAAUGGCUAUUCAGGAUGGUGCAGCUCGAGUCACAAUUCUUGAGGCUCGUGUGGCAGAGCAGGAUGGGAUGGAGCUCACACCCCUGAAACUCGAGGAUCCUUCUGCCAUCGAGGGUCUGAUGUUUGAGCCUGGCCAAUUAGAACCGGAGGGUCCACAGAUGUCUGGCGAGGGUGUCAUGUUUGAGCCCAGCCAAGUUGAACCUGAGGGUCCACAGAUGUCCGGCGAGGGUGUCAUGUUUGAGCCCAGCCAAGUUGAACCUGAUGGUCCACAGAUGUCCGGCGACAUUGUGGACCCAGAUGAUCCUGGCAACCUUGUCCCAGAAUACAAUUCUGUGGAUGAAAUGGAUAUUGAGGUGAAGGGUGAAGGUUCUGGUGAGGAGUGA